GACAGUUGAUUAAAAUUUAUGUGAACGACAGUGGAAUGACAUGAAAAUGUAAAUUUGAAGUCUUUUGGAGGGAAAACAUUGAGGCAUAGUAAAAAUAGCUGCAAUACAAAGUUUCCACUACUUCCAUUAGAAACUUGUAAUUAAUCAUAAUUUUAGUAAACGCCAAGCAAUAAGUAUAAUGUCCCAAACAACGAUUACAUCAUUUUAUAACAGCAGAAAAAGACCAGCAGCGGAUGAUAUAGCCACAACCAAGAGUAAAAUUGCACAUUUAGACCGUGCGUUGGAAUCUAAAGCACUUAAUAAAGCUACGGCUGCUAAGAAAACAGAAACGGUAAUUGAUAUUAAGUUAACAAAUGAUGAUAUCAAGACUGAUGUAAAUACUGAUAUAACAUCACCAGCUCCAAAAGUGCCCGAAAAAUGUAAAGAAAAAGUAGCUUUUACGAGGAAGGGAAAUGUGCCCAAGACAACUCAAUUGUCACAACGUGAAACUAUAAAAUCAGCUCGACAGGAACUAAGCCUAGGAGACAUUAGGAAAAAAUUAGCUAAUAGUUCGAAGCUUGCAGAACUGAAAGCAUCUGCUGAACGUAUUAGCAGAGGUAUCAAGCUAUUAAAAGAAUCCAAUGAGACAAAGAAUCUAAAAGAAUUCAAGUCUAUCAAUGUGGAAGUACCCUCGAGUCCAAGUAAGAGAGUUCCAGUAAGAAAUGAAUUGCUUCCUCAAAAAGCUGAUGUUCCUAUAAGUCCUCAAAACUCUCUCAUUUCUCCAAGAAAAGUUUUUGUGAGUCCAGUGAAGAGCCCUAGCAAGGUACCAGCGUAUAUCAGACAUGCAUCAUUGGCAACAACUUCUACUAGCCUGCCAUUACCGCAUAAAUAUAGGUUCCUGGCUGAGCUAUUCAGAGGUAUGGAGACAGUUGUGGCAUUGCUUUAUAACAGAAAUGAGAAGAUAACAUUCACAAAACUCAAACCAUCAGUCCAGGAAAUGCUCAAAAGAAACUUUGGAGAGAAACAUUUGGCACAAAUAAAGCACUUAGUGCCAGAUUUUUACAAUUUUGAAGUACAAAAGAUUAAAAACUUCAGUACAUCUUCUCAUAAAGAUGCCUAUGAACUUGUUGUAACUCCAAAUUUUCCCAAUGAUAUAAAAAAUAUGAAUCCAAGUGUGCUUCUGGAGAGGAGAAGGUUUUUCUUUAAUACCCUUUUGCAGGUAGUGAUGAAACAUCAUUCUCAAUAUCUCCUUACUCUUGACCCUCCAAUGGUCAUACCAGAUAAUAAGUUAACACGUUGGCAUCCAGAAUUUGAGUUGGAGAAAUUGCCUGAAAUUGAAAGUGCUAAAUUGCCUGAGCUGCCAAAUGUAGAAAAAAUGUCAACAGCUCAAGAUGUACUAGCUAAAGCACGUGAACUAUUCAAAUGUAAUACUAAAAUGGAGAGAGCUAUGGAGAAAUUAGCACACGCUAAAGCACGGGGCCUAACUGAGCAGGAGAAAUUAGUUACUGGCAUUACAGAUGAUAACAAAAAAAACACUGUUACUAAUGGAACUCAAACUCCUACUACAAGCACAAUGACACUUCUCAAUCCUGCCUUGCGUAAUUUACCAACAGCUCUCUUGGAGAAAGUUAAAGCUAAGCAGGCAGCCAAAGCACUCGAGGCCAUGACAAGGUCUUCAGAAACUGAACAAAAAUAUCACAUUUACAGUAGACUUCCAGAUCUCGCCAGAACACUAAGAAACAUUUUUGUCACUGAAAGAAAGAAUGUCCUUGCAUUGAACAUUAUUCUAUCUAAAUUAGACAGCAGUUUUAAAUCUAAGGUAUCAGCCAAUGAUUUACAUAGAGACAUAAAAAUUCUGACAGACGAAGUUCCUGAAUGGUGUAAAUUGCAUGAAAUAAGAAAUACUUCAUAUUUGAAAUUGGAUCGAAAUUCAGACUUAAACACAAUUAUCUGUAAAUUAGAAGCUUUGGCUGAUAAAUACAAAGUAGACUAAGAAUAAUUGCUUAAAGUAAAUCACAAAAGGCAGAGUAAUUCACUUCAUCUCUUAAUUUUAAAAUUAAAUCACUUCAUGUCUUAUAUAUUAGAAGCUCUUUUAAUAUUAGUAACUGCUACUUUAUUGUUAUAAGAAUGUUGUGAUCAGUAAUUACGUUUAUUAUAUAAUAUUAUGAAUUAGUGUAUACAUAUUGACUGUAAUUGCCAAAACAUGUUGACAUAAUUUUUGUAGAUUUAAGCGGACAUCAUUAAUUUAUGUAUGUUUAACAUUCAGUCUGAUUAGAUAUUUACGUGAUACUCUUAAAAUUAUGAUAUAAAAAAAGAAAAUUUUGACAUGAACUAAAAAAAAACGACAUUUAGUUUGUAUUAAUUUAGUAUUUAUGUGAUUGGCUUUAUGUUUCUUAAGUUACACACAGUGUAAAAUAUAUUCUUGAAUAAAAAGAGUGGAAAUAUGCAUAA